AACAACAGAUUUAUUCGGUCGGUUCGAUUAAUUUUCACGGGACGGACGCUUUCGGCGAAAACAUCGUUUCGAAUUACGCGUGAAACGCUCGAUCUAUUCAAAUUUGCCGGGGUUUUUGGGCAACGGCCGACCGCCUGAGCAUAGUAGCUCGGCACACGCGCACCAUCGUUCGUUUUCGUCCGUGCCGCGUUGUCGUUGGCUGCCUGUCGCCAUCUCUGAAUACCGAAAAUAAGAGGCUUUGAAAUACUACGCCCUCACAGGACGAUUUCGGAGUUAGAAAGAGUUACGGGCCUCGUUCGGCGAGGCGAUCGGACCCGUGCGCGGCCUCAUUCCGCCGAAAAAGGCCAAACUAACGCACGGCCGACAUUUUCUGCUCCAUGUCAGCGUCGCGUUGAUGACAGCGCCAACGGUGCUAAUUUGACGAAAUUUACGCCGAAAUGCCCCCUACAAUUGUGUGCUGGAAGUGCUGCUGCGGUUCGUGCUCGUCGAAUUCGACAAAUUCGUCGUUUUUCUGCGAAAAAUUAUUGCUUUCACGCAAUGGCGUCGACCGUGCAGCUGCGUGAAUCGCGUUUUAAACCGUUCGGGCUCGCGAAUGCCGCGUCACAAGUGCUAAACCUCGACGAACAUUUUCGAGCUCCGGGCGUUCGACCGGCAGCUUUUACACAGUGGUUUUUUAGGGCUCAUGACGAGUUAUUCGCGCUGAAACGCGAGGUUAGGCGAGAGCCGAGAUGACUGCCCAAUUUUCUGAGAGCGCGGUCAAGCUCGAGGACACGUCGGAGAAUGUUACCGAGAUCCAGUCCUAUCUGGCGGGCUUCCAGAAGGAGAUCGGCGACUCUUCGAUUCAGCAAGGCUCAGACGAGCACGAUGGCGACGGCGACGAAGGCACCUACUUCGUCGACCAGGCGGGCCACUACUACUUCCAGGCCAAGGGCGGGGCGCAGCCGGUGCUCACGAUGAUGCCCGACCUGCCGGAGCACCACCAGGCCGCCGGCGAAGACGGCGACGAGUACGUCGUGAACCAGGAGAACGCCGGCCCCGACGGCGACGACGACGACGAGCCCCCGGUGCCGGUACGUGGCGAACCGAACCAGAUCUUGAUCAAUUCGGGCAACGCGUACCAACGUGUGACGGUGGUGCCGGCGGAUAACAAUUCCGGCGAGCUCAGCUACGUGCUGAUCGUCCAGGAUCCGGACGCGAAGGACGGCGAUCAGACGGACGGCGACCAGGACAUGGCCGUGUACGAUUUCGACGACGCGGAAGACAGCAACGGCGUCAUCGACUCGGACGCCGAGGACGACAAGACGAAGAUCCUCAAGGUGGUGCCGCGCAAGUCCCAGAGCGUAGCGCAGGCGCACAUGUGCAACUACUGCAACUACACGAGCUCGAAACGGUACCUGUUGUCGCGGCACAUGAAGUCCCACUCGGAGGAGAGGCCGCACAAGUGUAGCGUGUGCGAACGCGGCUUCAAGACGCUCGCCUCGCUCCAGAACCACGUCAACACGCACACCGGCACCAAGCCGCACGCGUGCAAGUACUGCGACGCGGCUUUCACCACGUCCGGCGAACUGGUGCGACACGUGCGCUACCGCCACACCUACGAGAAACCCCACAAGUGUCACGAGUGCGACUACGCAAGCGUCGAGCUGUCGAAACUGAAACGUCACAUUCGGUGCCACACGGGCGAGAGGCCAUACCAAUGCCCGCACUGCACUUACGCGAGUCCCGAUACGUUCAAGCUGAAGCGCCACCUACGCAUCCACACCGGCGAGAAACCGUACGAGUGCGACCAGUGUCACACGCGGUUCACCCAAUCCAACAGCCUCAAGGCCCACAAACUGACGCACAACAUCGGCGAGAAGCCGGUGUUCCAGUGCGACCUGUGCCCGACCACGUGCGGCCGCAAGACCGACCUGCGCAUCCACGUGCAGAAGCUGCACACGUCCGACAAGCCGCUCAAGUGCAAACGCUGCGGCAAGUCGUUUCCGGACCGCUACAGUUACAAACUGCACAGCAAGUCGCACGAAGGCGAGAAAUGCUACAAGUGCGACCUCUGUCCGUACGCGUCGAUAUCCGCGCGCCAUCUAGAGUCGCACAUGCUCAUCCACACCGAUCAGAAGCCGUUCAUGUGCGAGGACUGCGAUCAGUCGUUCAGACAGAAGCAGCUCCUCAAACGGCACCAGAACCUCUACCAUAAUCCGGAGUACGUGCCGCCGGCGCCCAGAGAGAAGACCCACGAGUGUCCCGAGUGUUCGAAGGCGUUCCGACACAAGGGCAACCUCAUCAGGCACAUGGCGUCCCACGACCCCGACCCCAACGUCCACCAGAAGCAGCUCGAGCUGAAACUCGGCCGUCAGAAGAAGAUCCAGAUGAUCGACGGGCAGCAGGUAGAGGUGAUCGGGCCGGGCAUCGAUUCCGACGAGGAGGAGGAGAUCGACAUGAUGGCGGUCGAGGGCUCCGACGGUCAGCAGUACGUCGUCCUCGAGGUGAUCCAGCUGGCGGACGGCGAAGAGCAGGCGGUGGUCGUCGGCGCCGACGGUGCCGAGAGCAUCCUCACCAGCGAGGGCAUCCUGCCGGGUACCGAACUGGACGAGGACGUGAUGAAGGCGCUGCAGCAAGCGCGGAAGGCGGAGAAGGGGGAGGACAGCGACGGCGACGAGAAGAAGCCGAUCGUGGCGUCGACCGCGUCGGAUAUGAAGAACUGCUUCGGGUUCGACGAAGACGAGGACGAGGAAGACGACGAGGACGACGGCAUGAAGUCCGAGCACAAGGACACCCUCUCGCUGCUGGGCGGUAUCGAUUAGGCCGCCGCCCCCGCCUAGUGUACUUUUUAUUCAAGGAUUAUUAUCGCCCGUCCGGAGGGACGGCGUCGGCGCGGGGGGGACGUUUUUCCUCCCGCCCGCCCGGUACCCGGAUUAGUAUUUAUUUGGUACACGGGUACUUGUAAACAUUUGUACAUAGCGUUGGACCGCAUACCUCUUCGCCUUUUAAUUAUUUUUUAAGUGUCCCACGACGACAUGAAAUAAACGAAAGUGGAGAAAAACCGAUCGAUUUGGUGUUUUUAGCGUCCCCGCCCUCCGGUUCGUUUGAACUACUCUAUUCGAGCGAGUUUUAAAACAAUUCGGGCCACCGCAUUGGAUAAUUACGGAUUUCAGCGCGGAAAUUGUCGUUUGAUCGAUCGGUCCGCGGUUCAUUUGAACU